AUGGCCGACAUCCUAGGCACCAUCCUCUCGGUGAUCGAGGUGGUCGAAACGGCCACUGCUAUCUACGACAGCAUCGCGGACCUGCCACAGCAGAUGACUCAGCUGAGACAGCGGAUGGAUACUCUGAACGCGUACCUCGGGGAGGUGCGGAAAUAUCUCGAGCGGGAAGUGUCGGGGAAGACGAAGAGGGAUGCGUUGUCCGGGGUCAGGGAAGGGCUCGGCAAACUCCUGGCAGGGAUCAAGACGGACGCCGAAAAGGUGUACGAGCUGUUCUACCGCUACAAGAACGGCAUCGUGUCGCGGUCCAACCGCCUGGAGCUUCGGUCCGCCUGGGCGGCUCGGCUGUGGUUCUCGCUCAUCGACAACAGCGCCGAGAAGGCCGAGACCAUCAUCAAGGACAUAGACGAACAAAUCAAACUUCUGAACUCGUACAUUCAGCUCAUCGUGGCCGAAAAGGUUUCGGCGUCGGCGCAGACGGCCACCACCACGGUAGCCAGGAUACCCGCUCCAACCGGUCGGCGACGAGACUACAAGAUCCUGUUUGUCGACCCGUACAACGAGGCCCGGAGCGUGGUGGCCGAAGCGCUCGUCAAGCUCCUCGGCCAGCUCACGCUACAAGCCAGGGGCGAGUGGCGCGUCGACGAGGUCCGGUCCGCCGGGUUCUUCAUCUGGGACAAGAACGACUGCAUCGACAUGACGAGCUGUCUGAACUACAGCUACAAGUCGUACAGGCUACCGUGGUGGUCCGGCGGCAAGACGCCGAACCCGGUAGCGCUGGCGGCGCUCUUCGACAACAAGUGGUGCGACUACCCGUUCAAGAAAACCAUCGGCGAGAGCACCGCAGCCCAUCUUUCGAGCGGCAUGACCAGGGACAUGUUUUCGCGGUUCGACUUUAUUAUUACCUUUACCAUCCGGGAGCACGACAAUGUCAUCAAACUGAGGGAGGCAGUGCGCAAGGAGGCCGAAUUCAGGGGCGGCGGUCUGCCGCCGGGCAAGGCGGCCGUGCUGCAGCUGGGGACGUACCUCGAGUCGAGGAGGAACGUGAUUCGGGAGAUUCUGCAUCCUGACAAGGUCGCCGAUGCCGCGAAGCACAGGGAGAACUGGAACUGGAAGGUGGCUGAGAUCAAGCUGGCGCUCAAGGCCUUUCUCAAGCGGGAGCUGGAUUGGGCGCAGCCGGAAAAAGACGUGUAG